AUGCUUUCCGAUGAAGGUGUUCAUCCAAGCUUGUCCGUCUUACGGGAGCUUCGGUCAGACGAUGAGGCGUUUAAAGAGAUGGAAGAGAAAGAACCAAACGAAGUGAACGAGAAAGUACGUAAAAGGAAAAGACAUGCAUCAGGUGGUGAUGAUCAUGGUGGGCAUAAACAUAGAAAGAAGGACAAAAAAUCUAAGCGACAUAAGAAGGCUAAAAAGAAGAAGUCGAAAACAGUUGAUGAGGACGUUGAAGAGUUAACAAAGCACAGUACUGCGGUGGACGAGGAUGUGAAGACAAGUCCUGUACAAAAAGAAGGCGAAAGGCGGAAUGAUAAGAUGAGGGGUAGUCAGCCUUUAGAGGACAAACCAGAAGAUUCGAAAAGAGAAAGCGGCAGCAGUAACAAUUCUCAACUACUGGAAAAGGAUGCAAAAAGAACACGGAGGAACUCAGAUUAUGACUCUUACGCAACUAGGUCAGAAAACAGUGCUUACGUCUCUUCAGAGCGACAGAAAGCUCACAUUUCUAACGGUGUGCAGACUCAGUCUUUGACAGAAGAGAAGCAAGAACCAAGCUCAUUCUCGAGAAAAAAUCGUUUACCUGAAACGGAACAAAGUUCGUCAUUUGCGGAAAAACGGAAACAGUCUUCAGAUGACGAAUCCAGGAAGAAGCGUUCUAGAUCAUCUGAGGUGAAGAAACAGAGCUCUGCUGAAAAACGGAGACGAUCACGUUCAACUGAGCGUGAUGCUGAUGCAGCCAUCUUGGAGAAGCGCAGGCGCUCACGCUCAGGAGACAGGGACGGGGUUGUCAAAAGGAAAGAAUCAUACACACAGGAGAAACGAGGUAGGUCUCGUUCGUCUGAAAGGCGUGGUAGAUCUCGGUCGGCUGGUAAAAGAAGAAGAUCGUAUUCCAGCGACGCGAGGAAACAAUCACGUUCUAAAGACGAACGAGGUAGAUCAAGGUCUGUAGAAAAGAGGAGGAGGUCGCGAUCGAGCGCGGGGAGAAGGCGCUUAUCACGCGAUGUUGAACAGCGAGAGAGAAGAUCGAAAUCUCGCACCAGUUUGCGUGCAAACGGAGAUGACCGAAUGUCGCGACGAUCUCCUUCACGUGAAAUUAGAAAAAGCCAUCGGUCUUCUUCGAGAACACGUGAGCGUGACGUUCGUGGCUCAAGACACCGUCGAAGUAAUUCGAGAGAAAGGCAUCGGAAAAGUGCACAGUCUAGAGAUCGUAGGAGAGCUAGUUCUCGUGAAAAAGAUUAUCGAAAAACUUCACGAGAUUCAACCAGAGGAAGGAAGGAAAAGUCACGUCAUGAAUCUUCGAAGUUGAAAGAAGAGAAAGGAAAGUCAGCUAAAAACGGACACCAUUCGCAUCAAAGGGCCACACGAAGUAAUGACGAUGAUUGGUCGGGUGGCUAUGGUAGUGCCAGCUCGUUAGAUUUGAGUGAUUCAGACAAAGAAGAGAAGAAAAUAAAUGAGCUUCGUUCACGCCGUCAGAAAAUAAUUCAGGAAAUAGAGAAAAAGGCCGAUUCGGAACUUAAUGGAAGGAAUUCAGGGCAUGUAAUUUUAAUGGCUUUCAUUUUUACAGAUUCACCAAUGGACAGAGAUGUUUCUGAGGAACAAGGUCAGGAUGAUGAUGAAACCGAUGACAACUCUUCCGAUGCGGAAGAAAGAGUACUCGAAGAGGCAAAAAAAGAGUUGGAAAAAGGCUAUGAAAGUGAUACUUCAGUACCUAGCAGCCCAGCAUCCCCAGGGGAGGAUACUCCAGCGGAUUUUUUUGGUGAUCUCAAACAGAAGAUGGGUCGUGAGGAGUCAGAAGUGGAACAGGCUUUAAGGAAGGCUAUCGAAGAAGAAGCUGAAGAACAAAGGCGGCAAAGAGGGGAAGAUCCGACAUUGAAAAAACAGGACUCAAAACAGAUGAACGAAAUACCCACAUUCGAUAUGUUUGCAACUGAUGCAGAAUUGCCACCUGAGGUUCUUGAAAAAGCUGCUGUGGUGGUUUCAAACCAAGACGCCGCGAAUGCUUCUCUGAAGGAUAACUGGGACGAUAAUGAAGGAUAUUAUCGUAUGUUUUUUUAUCUGAUUGUGUUUUUGCGCACAGGAGUUCGCAUUGGUGAGAUGUUAGAUGGACGUUACCGAGUUUAUGGAUAUACUGGUGCAGGAGUUUUUGGAAAUGUGGUGAGAGCUACGGAUGCAGCUAGGAGCAAUACCCACGUUGCUGUUAAAAUCAUCCGCAAUAAUGAUGUGAUGAAAAAGACUGGAAUGAAAGAACUGGAAAUAUUAAAAAAAUUGAACGAGGCUGAUAGGGAUGAUCGGUACCAUUGUUUACAGCUUUACCGUCACUUCUCUCACCACCAGCAUCUUUGUUUGGUGUUUGAGUCUCUGAACAUAAAUUUGCGCGAACUGCUCAAGAAGUAUGGGAACAACGUUGGACUUCAUAUGAAGGCGGUGCGUAGUUAUACCCAGCAGUUGCUGCUUGCCUUGAGGUUGAUGAAGAAAUGCAGUAUUCUGCAUGCUGAUAUAAAACCCGACAAUAUAUUGGUCAAUGAGUCGAAAUUAACCUUGAAGCUUUGUGAUUUUGGUUCAGCUUGUCAUGUUGCAGAGACUGAAGUGGCUCCUUACCUUGUUUCUCGAUUUUACCGGGCUCCAGAAAUAAUGCUCGGUCUACCUUAUGAUUUUGGAAUUGAUCUCUGGUCAGUGGCCGUUACUUUAUACGAGGUAUAUACGGGUAAAAUUAUGUUUGCUGGUCGUUCAAAUAAUCAAAUGUUAAAAUAUAUGAUGGAUUUGAAAGGCAAGUUUCCGAACAAGAUUGUAAGGAAGGCUCAGUUCAGAGAUCAGCAUUUUGAUUCCAACUGCAACUUCCUUUAUCAUGAAGUCGACAAAGUAACACAAAGGGAUAAGAUUACAACCCUUUCAGUAGUUAAAAUAGCUCGCGACUUGAGGGCUGAAUUGCUGGGUGAACAAGAACUAGACAAGGAUGGGAUGAGAAAGCUGGAGCAGUUCCGUUCUUUAUUAGAUGCCAUGACGGUACUGGACAGUUCUAAAAGAAUAAGUUGUAAUGAAGCGUUGAAACAUCCAUUUGUUGUGGAAAAGUGA